AUGGCCCUAACCGGAAACGCUCAGCAGUCCAUAUGCGAUUCCGAAUGUCAAAAGGGCUGUGACGCGGCCUGCCAACAGGUUAUCCAGGCAAGCUUCGAAGCCGAGUCCAGGCUGUGGGUAAACGACAUCGUGAGUGACCCGUUCUACGCAACACCGGCCAACAUCUCAGGUGCCGUACCCGGAGAUAUCCUUCGCUGGGAGGACAUUCCCACCGGGCAGCUCACUGCCAACUGGACCAUUCCUGCUGGCCUGACCCUCUCCCGUUUCAUGUACGUGACGGAGGACGUCAACAACAAGUCCAUCCCGGCCACCGCCUGGGUCCUGCUCCCAUUUCACCACACACUGCAGACACCAGGCGAGGUGCGAAAGCUCCGCACCCUCGUCUGGACACACGGCACGGCGGGGCGCAGCCGCCUCUGUUCGACGACUAACAACAGGGGCCUGUACUACAACUGGCAGGCUCCUUUCACCCUCGCCGAGUCUGGCUACGCCGUUAUCGCCCCGGACUACGCCGGCCAAGGAUCUGAUAUCCCCCAAGGAUUCAUGUAUGAGGCCGGCUUCCUCCACGCCGCCGACGUGGCCUACUCGGUGAUCGCUGCCCGCAAAAACAUCGGCAGUAUCCUCAGCAACAAAUGGGCGGUCUUCGGCCAUAGCGAAGGGGGCAUGACGGCCUGGCGCACCAACGAGCGACUGGCCCUUCCGGGAGAAGAGAGGCUUCUCAAAGCCGGGCAAUUCAUCGGCGCCGCGGCAGCGGCCCCCGCCCUGCGCCCACAGCGCCUGAUCCCCCUUUCCUGGGAGCAAACCGGCACCGGCGGUGGACCCUUCUCAAUCUACUUCAUCCAGUCCCUCGCCAAGCUCUAUCCAGACCAAAUCAAGCUCGAGGACUACGUGGGCGAGGCCGUCUUGCAGCGGCUUGGGGUCCUAGACAAUUCCUGCUUCCAGACCGGCUACGCCGCCGUCGGCCCGCUUAGCCCCGACGUUACGUUUACCAACAAGAGCUGGGUAAAGCACCCGGCCACCGACGACUGGGCGGUGCGUUACAACGGCCAGGGCCCGCACCCGCUGGCCGCGCCCAUGCUGGUUGUGCAGGGGGUUGCCGACGUGAUCACUCCUGCUCAGCUGACCAUGGAAGACUUUAACCUCACGUGCAAGACGUAUCCAAAGAGUGUCGUGCAUACGAAGUUGUAUCCUGAUAUGGGUCAUGACCAAGUGCUGGAAGCGGGAAGGGCGGAUGUCGCGGAUUGGUUGGAGGCGAGGUUCCAGGGGAAGGUGUCAAAGAAGGGGUGUAUGAUGGAGGAGGUUAGGCCCUUGACGCGGAGGUACUCCCAGGGAACGCUUUUCUGGGAGGCGAAUGUUGUUGAGUUUUGAGUGCAUUACGGUGAAAUGGAGUUACCCGCACGAGCGUGCCAGACUGGACUAUGGGACACACACACACAAUUCAUCCGCCAAGGGGGCUUAACCGAAAAGGACAACUG